CAAUCACCCCGCACGCCACUCGACGAAGAUGGCUCCCUCGAUCUGUGCGGGAUGCAAAUCUGCCCGGGCGGUUAUCAAAAGACCGAAGAAUCACCACAAGCUCUGCAAGGCUUGCUUCAUUGCCGUAUUCGAAGACGAAGUGCAUCAUACCAUUGUCUCAUCGAGACUUUUCACUCGGGGAGAAAGAGUCGCUAUUGGGGCGUCGGGUGGCAAGGAUUCGACGGUUCUUGCCUCUGUGCUCAAGACACUCAACGCACGCCACGACUAUGGUGUAGAGCUGACGCUCCUGAGCAUCGACGAAGGCAUUAAAGGCUACAGGGAUGAUUCUCUGGAGACGGUGAAGCGGAAUGCUGCGCAAUACGACCUCCCAUUGACAGUACUGGGGUAUGACAGGCUUUAUGGCUGGACAAUGGAUCAGGUCGUCGAUGCGAUCGGCAAGAAGGGUAACUGCACUUACUGUGGCGUAUUCCGCCGACAGGCUCUUGACCGAGGAGCCAAGAUGCUGGGGAUCAAACAUUUGGUCACCGGCCAUAAUGCGGACGACAUGGCAGAGACUAUCCUCAUGAAUCUUCUCAGGGGCGACCUACCUCGCCUCUCACGGAGCACAAGGAUUGUCACGGGCGAUGACAGCAGCGAAGUGAAGCGGAGUAAACCUCUGAAAUACUCAUACGAAAAAGAGAUCGUUCUAUACGCCCAUUAUAAAAAGCUAGACUAUUUCAGCACCGAAUGCGUAUACAGUCCCGAAGCGUUCCGAGGCACUGCGCGUACAUUAAUCAAGAAUCUCGAGCGAGUAAGGCCUAGCGCUAUUCUCGACGUUGUACGGAGUGGAGAGGAUAUGGGUCGACUCGUGCCGGGUAUCGCGCCGACGGGUUCUUGUGCCUGUUCCUCCACCGACGCACUGGAAGAGGAAGUCGAGAAUUCGGGAUGCGGUCCGAAAACGGGUCUCGCAGGUGGCAGGUUGGCGGGACUAGAGAUUCGACACAAAGAGCACACCACUGGAAAUGGCAAUACUAUGGAAGCGGAUUUGACCGCAAGAAUUUCCGACCACCAAGGAACAAAGGAAAACAGUAUUUCCAAGACGGCUACCACCGUUUCUGGGGGGCAAAAGCUGGGAAGGUGCCAGAGCUGUGGCUAUAUGUCCAGCCAGACAUUUUGCCAAGCUUGUUUGCUUGUUGAGAGCUUGAAUCGGAACAAACGGGGAACUCAAAUAUAACUCUGUGACUUAUGCUGCCGUUCUCAUGGCCGACUCCCACCACCGGCAGCGACUGAUCAGAGUAACCAUGAAACAGUCUAUUAUUGGCGCCAACCAUCCAGUCUAUGUACGGGAGAGAUAAAAAGACUCCAUCAUCGUACGUCGUGGGACCUGUCACGAGGUCCAUACCUCGGGCGAUGCAUCGUCCUUCAGUUCUCCGCAUAUAUGGCGCCUGCAUGGAUUCGAUGUGCCAGUUUCGGCUACGAGAUCCUUUUCUC